AUGGGUUCUCGACAUCCUUGCGGUGAAGCUCAAGUCCCAGCUAGGCGACGUCGUCUGGUCAUCGACCACUUCCAGCACGCCCUGUUCUGCUUGCUGGUCCUCAUGUGGUUCGGAGACAGGCUCGAGCAAAUGCAGAUUAAGCAGAUCAAGGCUGUUCAACGACCAUUGCUACUGGGUCUGCGGCGGUUUAAAGUGCUCAAUUUCUUGCCGAGGGUGAGCAAGCUAGUGCUCCUGAAGCGAGGGAAGGAGUUGUCCGAGCUCUGUGAAUAUCGAAAUCAGGUCCUCGUUCCGCUCAUUAGAGGUCGAUCCAAGGCCAAGCGAGAGCAACUGAACAAAUUCAAGGAAGAAAGGAAUGACGGCGACUGGAUCGUGUCGUCCGUGGACACUCUCAUGGACCUGGAGCUGCUGGAGGAGGACGAAAUGGUGAGCCUCUGCUUGGAAUUCCUCGACGCCGGUACUGACACGACGUCCAUAGCAAUGCAGUGGAUCAUGGCCAACCUGGUCAAGUACCCAGAAAUUCAAGAGAGGCUCGACGAUGAAAUCAAAUCAGUUGUCGGACAAGAGGCGAAGCAAGUGAAAGAGGAGGAUCUGCAGGGACUCUACUACCUUAAGGCAGUGGUGCUUGGGGGGGCCAUGCCGCCACCCACCGGCUCACUUGUUACUGCAUGCAGUGGCGAAAGACGUGGAGCUUUGGGUACGUGA